UCUUUGAACGACUACAUUUACCACAAGGUCCACAACUCACAGAUCCCGUCAACAACAACAAAACCCCCUCAACAAUGUCCAACAAAUUCACCAUCCCGCCGGUGUCCUUCCCGUCGUCAGGACCGUCGCCAGCAACACCCGCUACCACCACCCCCGGUCCCACCGGCCGCAAUCCACCAGGCAUGCUCCACCAACGCCAAGUCCCAACGGCACCAUUUCAACCACCGCGUCCCUCCUCCAUCCCUUUCAUGUCCUUCGACAUCGGAUCCGCCGCCGCCUCUUCAUCUUCCACCUCCUUCCCACCUCCACAACUACGCCAGGACAUAGCCUCCUCCUCCGGCGGCCUCUUCUCCGACGAAAUCCCUCUCCUGGAAGAACUCGAGAUCAACCCAUCCCUAAUAUGGCGCAAAACUCGCUCCUUACUCAACCCAUUCCGAGUCGACUCAUACCUCCACUCUGACCCCGACCUCUCCGGCCCUUUCCUCUACUACAUUGCCUUCGGACUCUUCCAAUUACUCGCCGGAAAAGUUCAAUUCGGCGUCAUCUUAGGCUGGAUUGCGAUCUCCUCCAUCUUUGUUUACUCGAUGUUAAACUUUCUAGCUGGAAAAAAUGGGAAUUUGGAUUUGUAUCGGUGUUUCAGCGUGGUUGGGUAUUGUUUGAUGCCAAUUGUAAUCUACUCUGCUGCCUCACUCUUUCUCCCUCCUGCCGGAACUACAGUUGGGUUUAUUGUUGCUGCAGUUUUCGUGAUUUGGUCAACUAGGGUUUGCUCUCGGCUUCUGGCGGUUGAUGAAUUGGGAGCUUCCGAACAUCGUGGGUUGAUUGCUUAUCCUUGUUUCUUGAUUUACUGUCUGUUUUCUAUGCUUGUUAUGUUUUGAUUGAAUGAUAUAUUGUGGGGAGAACUUAUGAUUGAUGUUGUUCAUGUUUUCGAAUUUUGAAUAUUGGAAUACAACAAUGAACAAUGUAUGUCUUUGUAGUAUUUCUUUUGUUAAGUACAAAGUUGCACCUACCUUAUUCUUGUACGUAGGCUAUCUAUAUUAUAGGAGAAAUUAAUAUUGACGUUUUCGAAUUUUGAUAUCGGAAUACAACAAUGUAUGUCUUUUUGUAGUA